CUCGAUUUCGUGGCGUCGUCUGUAUAUAUUUGUGAAGGAACCGCACUGCCGUCUUCUCUCAGCAGACUGCGUGCGAAGUUUGGGUCUCUGAGAGUGAAAGAGAGAGUCCAAAAGAACCCGAAUUGAAGAAGAAAAUGAUGAACAAGAUCAGGACGGAAGUUGAAGAUGGAAUGAAGCUGAUAUGGAAGAAGGUCGACCCGAAAGAUCUGAAACCUGGUGACCACAUCUACGCUUAUAAGCGAUACGGCUCUUACAGCCACCAUGGAAUAUAUGUGGGGGAUGGUUAUGUGAUUCACUUCACCAGGACAGAGAUCAAGGAGGCCAUCCUCCCAUUUUCCAGGGUCGAACCAGAAACUGUCCCCCCCUGUCCAGAAUGUGGGUACCAGGAAAACACUGGCCGCGGGGUCAUUAAGACGUGCCUCAAUUGCUUCCGUCGGGGCCACAAGAAGCUUCAUUCCAUUCAUUACUUCAUGUAUGGCGUACCUCAAGUAGGCCUUCUACUGAAGAAAUCAGGAACUUGCAGCACCCUUUCUUGUACCAGAUCCCCUGGACAAGUUGUUGAAGUUGCUUAUGAGCUUCUCAAGAGCAAUGGAUUUGGUAAAUAUGAUCUUACUAGUAAAAACUGCGAACAUUUCGCGACUUACUGUAAGACGGGUGUACCUGCCAGCGUGCAGACGGCAUUUUAUGAGCGGCUCAUGAAGUUUGGCAAGUAGUCUUCUUUCCACUUGUGAUUGUUUUUAAUCUGAUGACGCUCGCACUUUGGCAGAUUUUGUAAAAAUUUGAGAUGCUCUGUCCGUGUUGAAAUGUAGACUUUGGUUCAUAUCUUCAAGUAGAAGGCACAAUGAGAAAUGGCCUCGAUGUUCAUGCUAAUGCACUUGUUUAGUGAAAUGAUGAGCUAACUUUUUUUAUGCUU